AAAAACUUUUUUUUUGAAGUUGGAUUUCGAUAAAGCUAUUAGAAAAACUCAAGGAACCAUCAUUAUGGAUUUUAUAUAUUAUACAUUUCUAGUUUUUUUUUUCUUAUUGCUCACGUUCUUUAAAGUUCAAGGUUAUGCCCAUAUUGCUGUUAGUGCAAGCUUGCAAAACGAUGCAAGGAUAACUUCCACAGGCUGGAAGAAACUUACAAGCUGGACCUUUCCGCAAAAUAGUGGUCAUGUUGCUUCUUCAGCUACCAUAAACAAUGGUGACUUUAAAGCCUCUAUGUCUGGUUUGUAUAACGUGUACAGUACUGUUACCUUUUCCACGCCCAAUAAAGGAUUAUUUAAACUGGCAUUGGUCAUAAAUAAAGAUUUUUUAAAUCUUCAUAAUGGAUUGCAAAGCAGUCUUGAAAGAGCUGAUAAAUCUCAAAGUCUGUCCGUUUUCGGAACUGUACGUUUGCAUACAGACAACGUUGUAUCCGCGUUCAUAUAUUCUGAAACGGCAACAAAUUGGACAAUUAGUGGAAAAUCAGAGACAACCUUUGGCGCUCAGUUUAUUGGAUUUUACGCUUAUGUUCCUGGUUUUUCAUCCCAGUUGUCCAUACAAACUUCAGUGCAAACAUCAAACUGGACGGACCUCUUAAGAUGGAGAUCAUACGGUCGUCCAGGCUUAUUUCAGAGCAGAACAGGCUUCUCCGCAGAUGUUGGAAAGUUCGCACCAAUAUGUACUGGUGUUUACCAGAUUUCAGCUAAUGUGGAAUAUUUUGCUCAUACCAGAGGAACUUUUUCCCUUGCCGUGGCAAUAAACAAUGAUGUAACCGGUAGCAUCAUCGCAAGAGAAGUGUUGGAAGAAAACACAACAUUUUCUUUAAGUCUGUCUCUUGCGUACAAACUGGAGAAAGGAGAUCUAGUUAAUUUAAAAAUAAGAGGAACAUCACCAUACAGAAUAAAUAUCAAUAGCGGAUUUUUUGGCGUCUUGGUAAAUGAAGGGAGUGCACAACCAGGAUUUUCAACGUUAUUUCGAGUCCCUUCAGUAGCCACUGGUAAAAACUGGCUAAAUAUUCCUUUUCCUACGCCUACAAUUGGGUUUGGUCAAUUUAAUCCCGGAAGCGUUACAGAUGGAAGGUUCUUUCAUGGUUCACAAACAAUAUUUACAGUGAGUGCCCUUCUGCAGAUUCAAGCUUCAUUGUCAACAAGCAUAAUACUAACACUAGAGGGAACAGAUUCUGUGUUAGCUUUGAAAACUGGUCUGUUUACAACUUGCUCACAAUCAUCUGGAGUCAUCACCUAUAGCAUUUCUGGUAUACUGGAACUACCAGCAAACCAACCACUCUUGUUGCAUGUUUACUUGAGUGGACAAGGAGAGUUUUCUGUGUUGCAGGGAAGUCGAGUGAGUGUGACAACAACGCAACAACAGUAUCAAGCAUUUCAUCUGACAAAACCAUCACCAACAUCAUUUUCGGAAAGAAGUGCAUGGAUCAGAUUGGAUAAUUUAAAAGUUUCAGGAGACGGUUCCUUUGUUUAUACAAACACUUAUCAAGAUGGAAAAUAUAUUGCUGGGAUCAGUGGCGUAUACUAUUUUACUGCUAAUAUAAUAUUUCAAGAUGCUCAUGGACCAAUUGGAUUGUUAAUAUCUGUUAAAGGAGACACAUCUAAAAGAAGAUCUCUCCAUGCAACUAAGGGCAAUCCUGCUGUCACGCGAGAUAGCCUCAGUGUAACAGGGGCCUUGUACGUUGAAGCAGGAUCAUCUGUGGCAGCAUACAUUAUGAUUGAGACUGACCCCAAUUGGUCAAUUGAUCCACAAAGUAGUUUUUCUGCAGUUUUCAUUGGUCAGCAUUUCGGUGUGCCAGGAGUUUCGACUGUCCUGAAAAACAGAAUAGCAUUUACUUCUAUGGGCUGGCACCAAAUAAAGAAUUGGAACACACCAAAGAAAGAAAGCGUUAUGUUUGACACAGGUGGAGGUUUUAAUGCCGCUGAAGGACUAUAUACUGCAUCACAAACUGGUUUGUAUUUGGUUGCAACAAGUUUAAAAUUGCAAGACGCAAGUGCCAAAACUUCGACCUUCACAAUAAACAUUGCAGUAAAUGGAAAUCCGUCUAGCUAUACCAAUCAAAACGGAUUACAAGAUUUCAUUGAGAACAAUUUCGACCCACCAUUAUCAAAUGAUUAUUACUCAAUGGUAACUGGUGGAGUUGUCAAACUUAAUAAAGGUGACACUUUAAGUGUGUUUGUGCAUGCCACUGUUGACAACAGUUUUAGCAUCAGCCCAGACAGUAGCUUUUCAGUUAUCUAUUUGACUGCUUUGGACAGUAUCUAUGCAGCUGGUAUGCAAUUAAUGUUGAGUGAAUCAAUUGUACAAAGUGUGAAAGAUGCUAGCUCUUGGAAGAAAGUGCGUUAUUGGGUCACGAACAGGGAAAAUACAGCUCCAGGUGUCUUCUUUCAUGGCAAGCUGCUAACACUGGAUUCUGAUGGUGGAACAAUACGAAUACUAGAAUCUGGUUUGUACAUGAUCAAUGCAAACAUUGCAAUGGGAAGUGGUGAUAAAGAGUUUGAAAUAGGGGUUCACACAACUGCAGGUCUUACUUCACUUAAUACCAAGUAUGGACAAACACCUAGAUUGAAGUACACAUUACGAAUUUAUGGUAUUAUGUAUUUCACAACAGGGCAAGUUAUAUCAAUUCGGAUUAGAUCCACUGCUCCACAGACUUCGUGGGAACAACUUCGGCCAUAUUCAGCACUGUCUUUUGUACGGAUUCCUCCAUUUGCCAUAGCACCCUCUGUUAUUUCAGGACUCGGAAGCGUAAAAACCUUACAAACUGCACAGAGUUUGUGGUCACGUGUACGCUAUUGGACUACAAACACUGCUACAACUCAAGAGUUAACUGGACCAGGUUUCAAUGGCGAAAAUGGAUAUUUUGUUGCAAAAUAUGACGGCAUCUAUUUAAUUAGCUGUUCAAUUUCGUUUCAGUUAAGUGGAUCAGGUCCAAAUGUAGCAAGAAUGUUAAUUGGGUUAAAUGGUGAUACCACUUUACCAGGAGUUAAAAUGUUUCAAUCCUCCAAGGGAGCAAGUCAUCUGAUUCCAAACUGCAUUUCAGAAUGUGCAGAGCCGCUUACGCAAGUGCUUCAUUUAACUGUGGGAGAUACCGUUGCAGUUUAUGUGCAAUCGAACCUUGAAAGUGUUGGCAUGUUCGGUUCAACGAGCUUCAUGGCAAAAUAUCUAUCACCUAUAAAUCCUAUACCAAAUGGAUUUUCGAUGCAGUUAACAGAACCUCUACGGGUGAAAGUGUAUGGCGACAAACAAGUUACUGGAUGGACUACUACAACUGAUGCAGGACAAUUUUACCAAGAUACAGGCAGCUCAAGGAAAGAUGAUUACCUUAUUAAUGAUAAUGGUUUAUAUCUAGUGUCAAUUAAUAUCGAAUUCAUAGAUGUCAAAGGAUUUGCAAAGGCGACGCCUUCAUUAGAUAACAUCCCAGCUUUGGUUGCUACCCAUUAUACUGACGAGGAAACAUCUUUCACCAUUUCAGUGGUUGGAGUUAUGAAAGUAACUGCAGGGAUUGUCUAUACUGUCACUAUACAAACAGAUCAAGAUCAAUUUUACAAGAUUCAGGAGGAUUCAACAAGUUCCCUUGUGUAUUUAGGCUCACCUGAGAGUAUUCUUGGCUUCACUGCAACUUUUAAUCGCAUACAAACUAAUAACUAUUUUAGAGGAGUGUGGUAUAAAAUUAGAGGUUGGUCAACUGUUGGCAAAGAUUGGCUUUUCCUUAGUGGUGGUGGUUUUGAAAGCAAAGAAUCCUACAUCGUACAAGAGUCUGGUUUUUAUAUCAUUGCUGCGAACAUGAUGUUUACCAGUCCUUUGAACGUAUCUUCUAAAAUAGAACUAUCCCUUGUGCGUAACAAUAUCAAUAAUUUCGCCAAUGGAUUGUAUGGCAAUACCAUGUUAGUACCUAGAAAAGCUACUUCUGUUCAAGUCCAUGGAGGUGUUUAUUUAAAUCGUUGGGAUUUCCUAGAACUGCAAUUUAAAGUCGGCAUAGAUGUUCAAUCACUCAACAUCGAGCAAGAAUCUACAUUUUCUAUUGUUAAAACAGGUGACGACAUUAGCUCCAUGCCUUGUUCAGAUUUUGGACCAAACAUAAUAGGUCGUAUCUAUCCUGACAAUGUACGUUUGAAAAGUGGGUCAGAUAUUGAAUGGAACUGUUUUGCAACAGGGGAUAAUCCAGUAUAUCAAUGGGUUAAAGACGAACAGCUUAUAGAUGGUGCAACUGGUACGAAGUAUAGAAAAACCGAUUUGGCUGUUUCAGAUUCUGGUUUAUAUGUCUGUAAUGCUUCCGCUGGAGGGAUUGUAACAUUUUCUAAUGUCGCGAAAUUAACUGUUUUUGAACCAUUUCCAAGAUAUUUGAAUAAGCCAAGCGAGUUUAAUCUUCAAGUUCCUGAGAAUGGAGCAACUACAGCAGAACUGUUGCAAAUUAUGGCGCAAGCAGAAAGUUUUGUAACACAAUUCGCCGAAAUAAAUUUCAGCAUAAUAGGAGGUGACAUUCAAAAUCAGUUUAGCAUCAGUCCAAAUCAGUCAAUAGAGGGCACUACUCUAUCACGUAUUAAAGCGUUAGAUCGAGAACAGAUCGCCACGUAUGUUAUACAACUAGCUGCCACUAAUCCGCUUUUUCAAGAUGCAUCUGUCAUCCAAAACAUAACCAUUAAGGUCAUAGAUCUCAACGAUAAUUCACCAAUUUUUGCACAGAAAACAUAUAACGUAACAAUACCGGAAAGUACCCCUGUUACUGCCAGCAUCCUGACCGUCUCAGCAACUGAUGCAGAUGACGGUGCUAAUGCUGUUAUUCGUUACGAGAUGAUACCUGGUUCAUCAAGUGAUAUAUUCUCGGUUAACGAUAUCACAGGCGAGAUUACAUUGGACAGAUUGGUAAACAGGGAGCAAAGGGAAAUGUACGUGCUGUUCGUCAAAGCAAGUGAUGGAGUUUUUUCAGAUUAUACGGAAGUCACCAUAACAUUAUCUGACAUUAAUGAAUUCACACCACGCUUUCUACAAAAGGUAUAUACCGUCGAGGUCCCAGAAUCAUUAAUACCCGGUGUACCAAUUUUACGGAUCCUUGCAGUGGACGAAGAUACAGGAAACAAUUCGAAAAUUAACUACAUGAUAAUUAGUGGCGAUCCUGCUAAUGCGUUUGCACUAACAGAAACAGGUGAUUUGCAGACAACGACUGUUUUAGAUUACGAAACAAAUGAAACCUACCAUUUAGCGAUUGGGUUGCAAGAUUAUGGCAAUCCUCCUUUAGUUUCUGAUGAAACUGCAUCUGUUACUGUGGUCGUGCGCAAUACAAACGACAACAAACCUAGGUUUACGCAGGAAAAAUAUAAAGGAUAUUUAAAAGAAAAUUCAAUGGUGUUUGAUCCAGUGUUUACUGUGACAGCUCGAGAUCCUGAUGGAGGUGGCAUCGAUGCAAUUACUUAUGCCAUUCCAUCAGAACAAAACUUUUCCUCUAUAUUUGAAGUCACCAAAAAAACUGGACACAUCGAAGUCAAAAAACCAUUAGACUAUGAACAGCAGCAUUUCUAUCAAUUCACAGUUCAAGCUUUGGACACUGGAUUGCCACCUAAAGUCGCCACUGCAAUUAUUGAAGUUGAAAUUGUAGAUGUCAACGAUAAUAAACCUAUUUUUGUAAACACAAGUCAUCGUGUACAAGUAUUCGAGACUUCAGAUACUAGUAGAGAAAUUUAUCAAGUGAGUGCCACUGAUGCAGAUGAUAGAAGCGGAGCUAAUGCAAAAGUCACUUACAUAAUUACGGGCGGUAACACUGAAGAUAUGUUUUACAUCAACUCUGAAAAGGGUGCUGUUAUUGCUCAAAAACCAUUAGAUCGUGAGAAAGUCUCUUACUACAAACUUCAGAUCAGCGCAUUUGAUUCUGGCACACCACCACAAUUUUCUGAAAAUACCUUUACGUUGGAAAUUACAGUUCUUGAUGUCAAUGAUAACAGUCCUUUCUUUGAUAAAUCAGCAUAUGAAGUCAGUGUGUCUGAAAAUGCUGCAGUUGGAUCCACUUUAAUCACGUUCACUGUGGUUGAUUAUGAUGGAGGAAGAAAUGGACAGUUUAAUGUUACCAUUUCAGAGACAUCGUUUGGAAGCACCUUUGCUGUUGAUAAAAUUACAGAGUCAACAUUUGGUUUGACGUUGUUAAAGCCUCUUAAUUAUGAAGUGCGCCCUACCCACGAGUUUACUGUAAUUGGUAAAGAUUUUGGGACUCCAAAGUUGGAAAAGGCUGUAUCAGUCAAAGUUAUAGUUCUGGAUGUUAACGAUCAUGUUCCGAAGUUUGAGUCAAGUUCGUACUUUAUCACAGUGACAGAUACAAUUCGUGUAAAUUCUACAGUUCUGCAAAUGGUGGCAACCGACCUAGACCCAGGGCGUGAUCGUCUUUCAUAUGAAAUUAUUGCUGGAAACAUUGGAAAAGCCUUUUUUAUUGAGAAGUAUACAGGUGUUGUAAGAGUAUCAUCGCGUAAUGAUAUGACCUUAAAUCCAACUUACGAACUCCAUAUUGUCGCUAUGGACAGUUUUGAUCCUCGGAAAGUAUCGAACAGUACAAUUCUUUAUGUGCGCGUAGCAAGAAAGCCUUCGAUUAACUUGAUUGAUACAACAAUUGGACAAUUUCAAAUUAAAACGCAAAUUGAUAUGUCUGACUUUGAUCAUUUGCGUAAUUUGGUAAAAUAUCAAGUGCUUGUUCAGCAGGUCGAUGCAAUUAAAAAUAACGAUGAAAACACUUCUAAAGAACCAACAUCGUGGCACAAAGUGUUUGCACAUAACGCGCCUCUUAGCGAUCAAUUUCGACGCUACAUUGCUAUCGAAGAUGAUUACCCUGCAGUAAGACCAAAAAAACUUGACGUGGUCAUAGGAAACAACAUAAACUGCACUUCUCUGCGAUUGGUGAAUCAACCUAUUUGCAACGGUCCAUUGGCAGCUGGUAAAUCCUACAGAUUGCAAGUUCGUGUUUUUGAGACGGAAAGUGUGAUAGACAGUUAUCAGAGUGAUUCGUUUUUAAUUCCUGCUAUACAACCGGAGAAAGCUACCCUAGAAGAACCAAUUGAAGACGGCAUGGUGGCGCUGGCUGCUGCGUUCUGCCUUAUAGUUGGCGUUGUCAUAGUAAUGAUACUUGUUUACACAUGUUGGAAAAUGAGACACGAAAUUGUACACACUGACCACUUGCGUGAAUCACGUGGCAUACCACGUGAUUCGUCACCAGGUCAAGAAUUCUUUGGAUCACCCAUCGGAAAAAUACAGAAAUUUGGAGGAUUUGACAGUGGUAGUAUGUGGCCACAAUUAUCGAUGACGGAACAAAAUCAGAUGCUACACAGAAGUAAACAAGGUGCAUAUAUGUCUUCUCAGUCACCUAAAGGUGGACAUCUGUAUGAUUUUAAGCCUCAGUUUAAUAAGGGAUAUCAAGUCGAUGAUGGUGAUGAUGACGUAUUCAGUUUUCGUUCAGAAGGAACAGAUAACGAAUCCGCUAUGUUGACAAAUAAACAACAAAACUCAUUACCCAUGAUCCAUCUGACUGUUGAUAAUGAAUAUGACGAUCAAGAAGCUAUUACUUCCAUGGGAAGUGAAUCGCUAAAUGAAGAAAGCGCGGUUAGAAUUUAAAAUCUCACUAGUUGUUUAUAUAUAAUAUACAUCAUUUUUUUUAACUAACCAUUCACGCAUUUUGUAAACCAUUUGUAUUUACGUAUUUAUAAUAUAUUUAAGAAUUAUAUAAA